UUGCAUUCCCUUCCUCUCGACCGAACUCAGCCAUAUUGUUAUUGCUCGCCUUGGAUUCUACCCCGGCAGAGAAGUUGGAAGGGGUAAACAGUGGACAGACUUCUUAAGAGUGUAACUAGGUUUUACAUUUUAUUACUAUUAUUGAAACAGUUUCGCAUCUUUACACAGUCGCUGCUAAGGUUGACGCUGUUGCUGUGCUGGUGCAUGGACCUGUUUGGCCAGCGUGCUGCUUUUUCUUGAGGUUACUGAAACAUGGUGGACCGCUUGGCAAACAGCGAAGCCAACUCCAAGCGCAUUGCAGUGGUGGAGAGCUGCUUUGGCACGGCUGGACAGCCCCUAGCCAUCCCAGGCCGUGUGCUCAUCGGCGAGGGUGUGCUCACCAAGCUGUGCCGUAAAAAGCCCAAAGCCCGGCAGUUCUUCCUCUUCAACGACAUCCUUGUGUAUGGCAACAUCGUCAUCCAGAAGAAGAAGUACAACAAGCAGCACAUCAUCCCAUUGGAGAGUGUCACCAUCGACACUGUGGCUGACGAGGGCGACCUGCGCAAUGGAUGGCUCAUCAAGACACCCACCAAAUCCUUCGCCGUGUACGCUGCCACAGCCACAGAGAAGUCCGAGUGGAUGAGCCACAUUAACAAGUGUGUGUCAGACCUGCUGGAGAAGAGUGGGAAGGCGCCCAGUGGCGAGCAUGCUGCUGUGUGGGUGCCUGAUUCGGAGGCGUCUGUGUGCAUGCGAUGCCAGAAGGUGAAGUUCACGCCUGUUAGCAGGCGCCACCACUGCAGGAAAUGCGGCUUUGUUGUGUGUGGGCCCUGCUCUGAGAAGAAGUUCCUGCUGCCCAGCCAGUCGUCCAAGCCAGUGCGCGUGUGUGAGUUCUGCUAUGAGCAGCUCUCCACGGGGGCAACCCUGCCCCCUCGUUCGAACUCCUACAGCCGGCAACCCUGCAGCACCAACGUGUCUGAUGACGAUGAUGAAGAUGACAGCAGUGACUGAGACCAGUGAACAUAGCCUUGUCCAUUUAGGAAUAUUUCCUAUCUUCUGUUUAGGCCCAGUGCAUUAGUAUCUCCACUUUACAUAAGAGUUUGAAAUUAGCAAAGAUUUCAUAAUCCUUUGCUGUGAUUUUAUUCAUUAGGCUACAAUACUGAUGAAGUAACAUUUUAUAAAGUUACUUUUAUGUGAACUUGGAUGAAAUGAACAAUAGGAAUGCAGAAUUCCUGUGUACACAUAAACAUAACUUGCAGGUUUACUCUACAUUUUGCAGACUCCAUUUGGCACAUCAUUGUGAUAGCCCACUACAGGAGAAAAUGGAUGCAUUAACAUAUUAACCCUAUUUGCUAAUUUCACCCUCUAGCUGCUUUUAUUGUUUUUUCUUUGCAAUGUAUUUCUUAGUUUCUUUUUGUAUUAUGUUACCAAUGAAUCUUUACAUAGAGCAUGUCUGCAAUGACAUUGCUAUUUCUGCAGGGAAAAGUGCUCAGCUAUGUCAGUGCUGAUUGUAUGUGUACUGACUGAAAAAUCUUUCAGGUAAAACCAUCUGGUGCAUGUUAUGAGGAUUUUGGGAACUGUAUUUUUCUAUUCAUACUCUUGAAAGGACCCAUAUUUCACGCAGUGGGGAUGAUGAUGAACAAAUAACAAAUGGAUGCAUAUUUUGUUAGGUAUAUAUGUAAAAGUUAUCUUGGUCAGUGGACCCCUUCAGAUUCCUGCUAAUGACAAAUCAGUUGGAAGCUUUUUGAAUUGUUUAGCUCUUAAGUGUAUAUAAUGUGGAAUAGUCAGUCCCAGAUGUCAUCUGACAAAGGCCUUUCUUGCCAUAGUGCCUUCUUAAAUAUUUUCUGUAGAAAAUUAUUGAACUUAUCAGCGUUUAGAAAUGACUUCCUUACCAGCUCUGACUUUUCAGUGACUAACUGGUAGAGCUGACAAAGAAAAUGGAUAUAGCAGUCUGAUGUCUUUAACAUGUAUAUAGAUGUGUUUAAAACUUUAUUUUUAUUAGUUAUUUUUCACUUAGCCCAAAUGCAAAAUAUACUUUAGUACAGUCCAGAUAUUGCUAUGCACAGUCAAUAUUUUUUGGUGUCCUGAGAGUGUAGAUGUUGGUUCCACCCUUUGCAGCCAUAGUCCAGAGCAAUCCUGAGGGAGUACUGGCUCUGCAUGUAGCUUUCAGGUUACGAGCACUGUCCAUCUGCAGGGACGAAGACCAUCCUCCCCUUUUAGCUAUUGCUGAAGGAGGGCUUUGUAUUACAGUGGCUACAUGUACAACCUUGGUGGUCAUUCCCACAGGUCUCAGAAUGAGAAUUGAGAUGUGGAGCAUUAUGAGGAAGUAACCACAUGGCCUUGCCUUGUUCUGUGUUUUGAAUCACACAUGAUUAAAUGCACUAACACUUUGGUUUUGUUUCAUUUAUAAUAUUGCAAGACUGUCAUGAUCUAGCUAUGCUAAUGAUUCACUGACCGCUAUUCAGGUGAGGUUUACUGUUCUUGAGCAUACAGGAUAAAUCUGUUUUUGUAAAUUUUGUGAACUCUGCAUCUCCAUAAAGACAUGGUUGAUUUAUCUUUUUGAAGAGGUUAUGUUUGUAUUCAUCUAUGGAACUGACAUUCAAAAGGGAAAUUAUAUGAACUUGGAUCUAGUAAAGGGUCCCAACGAUGCUCAAUCAUUUAAUUAACAUGUGAUGUGAGCUUAAAAUGCCAAGCAAUUUCUUAUGAUGUUCAUAUAUGAAAUUCCUGAGAAGUGUGAUCAAUUACACCCCCCAUUUGUUGUGCAUUUUCUUAGCAAUGUAUGUUUGGUUUUUUGUUUUUAUUUUAUUUUUUUUUAUUUUUUUUAUUAUGAAUAACAGUAAACUUCUGGAGGUCCAGAAGUGUACUGUUCCCUUUCAGUGCAACUGUAAUACUGAGAAUUUAAUCCUGCCUGUGCUGUACAUUUUGGGGUGUGUAUGUACAUGUGUGUGGGUUUGUUUUUCUUCAUGAAUAGUAUUGAGCUGAUGCUGUUCUGCAUGUCUGUGACUGUGUGCGUGUGUUUGCUGACCAGCUCCAGACUAGCUUCCAGCACUUGGUCCUCCCUCUGUUAGUACGGAUGAGGGGGAGGUGCUGCACACAGAGCCAUGACUGCAGUGUUAAGGCCAUCUAUACUGAUGAGGCUCCAGGAGAGGAACAGCAGUGUGCACCUGUUGGAUCCCCCACCACAGGCCAGUGUAAUGGAGGUGGCUCACGUCUACGGCCCUGUGCCACCCAUCUUACUUUAAACACACAGUGAGAGCAGCAUGUCUUCCAGAAGAUGCAGCUUCACUGUGCUGACUGGCUGCUCCAUUUGAAACACUUCCUUUGCCACUUCAGCACUUGCAUAACAAUCAUGUGGUGGUGUAUGCGACAAGUGCACAAAGCAAGAUGAGCUACAGUAUCAGACAUAAAAAACACAGAGGGAAAAGGUUGACAUGAUUACUCACUGAAUCAACACCCUCCUCACCCCUUUGUUCAUAUUAUUUGGACUUUUUUCACCAAUCCCCACUUUUUUUUGACAUCCUACCAUCUUGUCAUUUUAACUCUUAUUUAAAACUCUGAAAGGGCUCAAAGCUGAAUGUAAUCCAUCAUAUCAUUGUUAGAUACUAAUUUACAAAAAGAAUAUAUCUCAAUUGAUUAAAAACUGUCUCUUGUCUUUAAUACCACACAGAUUGACAAAUAGGCAGGCAGCAGAUAUAACCUAGUGGUGUAUAAAGGGCAAAUGGGGAAGGCAGGGAGGAGCUACCUGAGGGUAGGGCAACCUUCAGCCAGUUUGGUGAGCCCAUCACUGUGACUGCUAAUCGGUCAGCAACUGUCUUUGUGAAACAAACGAACUCCACCAGCAUAUCGUGUGUGUGUGUGUGUGUGUCUGUGUGUGUAUAAUCCUGUGCUUUACACACAGUGGCCAGAUAAAGAUUAUAGAGUACAGUCUCUUUCUUUGAUUUUAGGUUGAGGAUUAGUCUAAUGUUUAACAUUACCUUGCCUCUUGUGUUAUGGUAAACAAUCUUAUUUUUGCCUAAAUUGGUCUAUACAGAAUUGGCCAAAAUGACACAUUUAAAAGGAAAAAAGGGUAAAGGGUCGAUUAAAGCUGAAACAAAUUUCUUAAUUUUUUUAUUUUCUUUCAGUUUUUAAAUAGUCAGUAAUGGUUAGACUGAAAUUCAUGAGCAUUUAUCAGACUAAUGAAAUCCUUUUUUUAACCAAAUCUAUUCAGCCACAUUAUAGGACUUUUUCUUGGACACUUUGUGAAGUUGUGCUAUAGCAUUUAGCUCACAUUGCUGUUUCAGUAACUACCAGGAAUAAGUCCCAUGGUUGGCUACCAUAUAGUUACAUUUCUAUAGUUGUUAUAACUAACUAGGUAUUAAAAACCUAAUCUUGAAUAUCAUAACCUUUUUAAAUACAGAGCCACCUUUGUCAUAAAAAUUAUGCUUAAGGCUGGCAACCUAUAAAUGCCUGAAACAUAGCACAGUCUUGUUUAGAAUGCCAGUCUAUUGUGAGCUACUAGUUCCCCCAGGAAAGUGCUGAUUUCAGGCAUAGUAUUUGUAUUAUCACAUAAUCAUGUUUAUAACUUACCAAGGUAAAGAGUAGCUUGUUUCAAAUUGGCCUCUAUUAGACUAGAAUAAUUCUAUUUGGAAGAAAAUGAAUUUGUUAAAGAAAUGAAAACCUUGGGAACUUGAAAUCAAAUUUUAACUAUCACUGAGAAGAUUGACCUUUGCAAAGAACUGAUGUGAGAGUGAAAAAAUUACACAUUUAUGUACUUUAUUAUAAGUCAGAGAAACAAAUGAAAUAAAAGUAAUGGCUGAAUGCUAUAUAUUUCUAAUGCCACGGGUGCUACAGUAAUAUGCGUCCUCUACUGUAUAUUGUGCCCACAUCACUGUGUCAUUACUGUAUUUGCCCACCAGUCUUUCUGUUUUGUUCAUUAAAGAACACGGAGUUUUAUUUCCUUUAUCCGAGGAUUAUAGAUGGAGCGUUCUGUCCAUUUUGCAGG